AUGAGUCUUCAAUUCAAAAGCAGUCCCUUGCGGAAACGAGGUCGAUCUAAGAGAUACCUUUCGGAAGGAAAAUCUGAUCCUAUCUCCCAUUCCAAAUCCCACAACAAAAUAGCACCUAGAUCUGGAUUACAAUUCAAAGUUGGUCCUCCAUUUGGUGAAACCAUUCAAAUAUCUCCUAUAUUUUCUACCAUUGGUAAUCAAAAUAUGAUACCUGUACUUUCUGCCAGAAUUGAUCGUGGAUUUGACCUAGUGGACAAUGAAUGGAUCGGAUAUAAACGCAACUACUUCUCGGUGGUUGCAACAUUUCAAUUCCGAAACCAUAACAAGACCCUAUUUGAGAAAAGUGGAUUUUACACCCAAGUUGAAAAUAAUCUGAGGGAUAUUAAGAGUUUUGCCAUUAGACUAGUUUCCAAAUGUCUUGAGGAUGAAAGUGACGUUCCCUUGGUUCAACAUACCGCCAAGAGAGAUCGUGGUCCACAAAUUGAACCUCCUAUUGUUCCGAUAAUUCCUGGAAUUUUACCCAGUCAUAUUGUCAUUAAAGAAAGUGCCAACAUUAGGAAAGCUGCCAGGGUAGUUCAUUUUGAUCGGUUGUUUUAUGAUGAUAGAAGUACCACUAAACCAUACAAUAGAAAGUCCAUUCUUCAUAGCUAUCCUCCCGGGAACUUAACCAAAGUAGCAAAGUAUGAACGAAUUCAGUUUGCAUCCUCUGUUCAGCAUAGGAAACCAGUAAGUGGGACCAAGAAUUUUAUAUUACAAAUUCAAUUGUUACUGGAAUUGGGUGAGAAUACCUAUGCUGUUGUUGCCCUUUGUGAAACUCCGCCAUUGACGGUGAGAGGGAGAUCACCUUCUAAUUAUACCCCUACCAAUAUCUCACCUAACCAGAUUGAAAAUAGGACAUCUCAGUUUGUUUCUCCAGUACCAAUAGUAAGUUUUGGUAGUUAUGAAGAGAAUUAUGAAGUGAGAUUUGACUUUUCAAACAAUCAAGACCACAUUGAUAAUUUUGAAUAUGAUUCAUUUGAACCAAAUAACAAAGAUAUGUUUUUGAAUGAGUCUAAUCCCAAUGAAGUGUUGUUCCAACCUUAUGACGAACCAGUAUAUAUCCCCCCACUGUUAAGUCCUUCAUAUUUUCUCGAAAUGACUGCGAAAUUUUCAUCAGAAGAAGAAGAAGAAUCAACACAAUCACCUCCCGAAUCAUUUCUUGAAGACUUUCAAAACAAUUUCAAUCAACCUUAUACCUCUUACUUCAAGACUUAUUUAGAUGACUUGGAUGAAGAAAAUCCCACUAUUUCUCCUUCGUUAUUAUUUACUAUUUCUGAAUAA